AGAGAGUCAUGCCAAUGUUGGUGCGACGAAUAAUCGCGGGCGAACUGCUUUACAUCUUGCGGCUGAGAGCAAUCACAAGGAACAACAUGAAGAGAUGGUAAAACUUCUUCUUAACCAUGGUGCUGAUCCUUGUACUGCCAGUGAUGGUGGGUGGACUCCUCUUCAUAAUGCUGCUCAGAGUGGCUAUGCGCCUAUUGUUGUGUUGUUGUUACAAGCCAAUGCCAACGUAAAUGCGGAACUUUCGAACGGAAUGACGCCCUUACAUUGGGCCGCAUUUAACGGUUUUGAAGAAAUAGUGCGGCUCAUUUUGACUAGGCCGGACGUCAAUUUAGCUAUCAAGGAUAGCUUCAAUCGAACUGCUAUGCUUUGUGCCGCCGAGAAGAAUCACCCCGAAAUUGUUCAAUUGCUUUCACCUGCACGAGCUGCCGAUCGCCUAUCGCCGAUAGCGCGACAAGCUUGCCAAUCCUUCGAGGCCACCGUUGUUGACUUUGGUGAAUUUGAAAAGAAACAGCUUGUUUCUAAAUAUUCCGUGUAUGAACUCUUAUAUGGGUGGGAUCAUGAGUACGAUAAGCCGAAGAUACCUACUUUGACCAAGCACAUCAAGUAUAAGCCAGACUUCAGGUGGAUUCAUCUUCCAGCCAAUAAUGUAAUGAGAUGACCAAGCUUUCCGAUUAUGAAACAAGAACUAACAUGAUAUCAUAGAUUGCCUGGGUUGAGGUAUUUGAAUCCCUUUUGUUAUGUAA